UGCGAGGCGCGCUGACCCGUGACGCGGUGUGAGAUAGUCCCGUAGAACAGGUUGGACCGGCCUUGGGUGGGUGGAGGCCCGGAGAAUGGAAUGGAAUAUUACAUCCAACCCAGCGAUGUGAGAACGUCCGUAACACCGCCACUGCUGCGCCGAAUUCUUAGCCACAGACUGUAACGCCAACGUCAAACCCCGACCCGGGAGGACGACAGGACACCUGCCGACAGGCAUGUUCUAAGACAGAAGUGAGCGCCAUGACCACCAGUAAGCCAACCCCGCCUGAGUUUGCAGCCGGCCACUUCACCCUGUCCUGGAGUCUGGGCAGGGACAGUGACCAGGCGCGGCGGCCCCGCGGCAGGUACGAGCUCAAGUGUCUGUAUGAGGACCUCAGGCAAGACGCGGAGACAGAGACGGGCACAGUGAAGCGAGCAGUACAGAACGUGAUGGGAGUUCUCGCCUACCACCUGGAGGACACCCAGGCCGCCCGCCUGUACUUCGAGUCCGUCCUGGAGGAGGACGCCGUGAACGUGAACGCGCUGGAGAACUGCUGCUUCCUGCUCAGGAAAACAGACAAGUACGACCUGGCGGAGGGGUUCGAGGACAGGGCGAGGGCGGCGGUCGGGCAAACCGAGGCCGAGGCAGAUCAGGAAAUGGUGUCGUUGGUCAAAGCGAGGGCAAUGGCGGAACUCGGCUACGCAUGCGCGCUGGACGUUUUCAACGCGAGAACACAAGAUGAUCUCAUUCAGGUGUUCGAGAGAUCGAACGGCUACUACCAUCGCGCCCUUCGGAUUGGGACAGACAACGUGACGUCAUCCGAGCAGAGCCAAUGGCUGUUCGCCAUCGCCCUGAACUACAUCCGGAUCGACUCCUUACGUCAGGAGGCUAACCUUGACCUCUGCUACCAGGCGCUCGACCUCCUCAAAGACGUUGUGAAGAGCACGAAGUCGCAGUACUACAAGUGCAAGGCGCUGUGCUACACAGGGUUGCUCUUACAGAGUAGGUCCGCCCUGAAUAAGGGGUUCUCGGAAGAAUGUAUCCGGGACAGUGGAUAUUUCGAACAAGACCCGCUGGACUACUUCGGCGAGGCCAUACAGCAAGCCGGAGAAGACACCGCGAUUCUAAACAAACUCGCCAAAAUAUUCGUCCAGUCCGGGCGUUACCAACUCGCCCUGGAUAUCCUCAACGUCUCUCGUGCCAUCGUGCCCGACCAUACGCAGAAUCACUUCGCCUUUAGCAUCAGCGUGCAGGCCAACAAGAACAUGUACCUGGACCAACUAGCCAAGUACCGACAGGGAACCCUAGACGGCCGUCCGGACAAGAAGCUCCUCAACAAAGCCAGGGAGGACAUGCAGGCGAUUCUGGGGACACGCACGGGGGUGCACGCGUACCUGGAGCUGGCGGUGGUGUGCUACCACCUCGGGGUGGAGACCAUGGACGAGUCGUCGGUUGUAGCGGAGUUCGAGCUGGCGCAGGCGGUGGAGUAUGCAGCACGCGCACGGGACUGCGACAUGGGAGACUCCCUGCCCGAGGUGCAGCUGAUGCGAGGGAAGUGCCACCGCGCCAGGGGAGACGACUGGAAGGCGAUGGACGCGUUCAAACAGGCGGUGGAGAUGGAGCAUCUCAACGAAGGGGCUGCGCUCACGGAAUCCUACAAGCUCCUGGGAGAAAUCAUCCUCACCCUGCACAGGAGGGACAAAACCUGGCGGGAGGGCGCCAUCGACGAAAUGGAACUCUGGGUAACGGAGGGCCGGAAGCGCUACGUCGACUUCCUCCCAGAAUUCCACACGUUUUGCCGGCAGAACGUCAGUGACGUCAUGGAGCUGGGGAAAGAGAUGGUAAAGGCAGGCAGACUGGGCAUGGUCAGGCUGUGUCUGGAGGCUGUUUCCUCAGCCUAGUUCAAAGACUCAAACAGGGUAAAAAUUUGCAAAAUGGAUGCAAAACACAGUAUCGUCCAGUUUGGACAGAAAUGGGACAUACUUGAACAAUACAUCUUGAAGCAAUGCAGAGAAAGCACUCAAAAAAGUGCAAAAGUCCUUGAAAGAAGUACAAUCUAUUUCACUUUGUCUUUGGUAAAGAACCAGUCAAAAUCUUUCCAUCCAAACAUUA